AUGACUAAAGAAGAAUUUGAGUAUCUUAAAGCUUUAGGUUUAAUAGAAAGUAAUGCUAUAUUAGAAACUGAUUUCCACUUUGUUCAAAUUAAAGUUAGUAAUCUAGAAAGGCCUCAUAAUACUUUUAAUUUAAUGAGCAAUUG